CUAGAAGACGAAGGGGGCGUCUCCCCGGCUUCCUGCGGCGUCGGCGGCGAGCUGAGGUGGAGGCAGGCUGCGGCAGCGAAGGCGACAGUGGCGGCGGCGCCAUGGCAGGGCUCGCAGAGAGGAAUCUGGAAGUCUGGGUUUGGCUGUCUUUUUUGUUGUUCUCUUAUCUUCGAAACAUAUGCAUUCCAUCUCAAGCCUGUCACUGUGUGCUGUAUACCAAGGAUCAUGCGUUGCCUGCCUCUUUGGCUUCCUGUUCUGGGAAUGCUCAGGAAUCGGGAUCCUGCCGGGGUACGGGCCCUGUGGGAGGGAGAAGGGGCGGAAGGGAGGGCGAACCAGAUCCUUCUCAGAGAAGGUGGUGACCGGUCUCUGGGGCAAAUAGAGGAAGUCAGAGGUCACCAGGGAAAAAGAGCGUGUUGCUAAACCAAUGUUUUGUGUGGUGUGUGCACGCUUAUGCACAUUGAAAUCUCGGGGGGUAAAACUAACUGCAAAUUCAGAAUUUCACUUUAGGAUGCUGGCUCCUGAGUAGACACAGUUUGAAAAUAGGGGGUCUAGCACAUGGCUCUCAGCAAACCUGCUCCCUCAUCCAACCCAGGUGUAAUGAGCUGUGGCUGUCCUGCAUGAAGCUUGGGAAACUCUCCGCCCCCUCAGUCACAACCCAGAUGCUCCACGGAUAGAGAUGACACUGUCACAUAGCACCCCACACGUCUGAAAGCCACGGUACCCAAGCCCUCCUGGAGCUUAACCUGACUGGUUAGGCUGAGACACUAACAUCUUCUUGGGGUAUUAGUGCCAAGGAUCGUGCCCAUUGGUGUCCUGCAAAGCCAUUCCAAUCCCCUCACAACUCAUCUGCUGUAUCCUUGGUCUCACAGGGGCAAAGCCUUGUGGUGGUGGCAGAAACAGUUUAGGAAGAAGGGAGGCCUGUGGACUAAGGGUCUUGCAAUGAAACUCUAGUGAUUUUCAACUUCUACCAUUGCUCUCUAUCAGAAUAAAAUGUUUUCAUGGUAUUGCUUCUGGAAAAAUUUUUGUAAACAAGGUGUGUCUGGACCAGACUUCUAGGCACCACACAGGAAUAGAAAGUGAACGCAUUCCCUCUGUCUUCUCCAGUGGGUUGUGUUUGCUGCCAGAACAUGAGGGUUUGGGGGAUGAGGGGUGAAAGUGGAAGAGUAGACAUUGCACACUCAAGCCUACCCAUGUGGAUGCAGGCCACCAGGACAGCCCUUGCCUGGAAGUCUGUCAUCUCACCAUGCCACACGGAUGCACGGAUGGAGCAGCCCCACAGGUGGGCUUUGCCAAGAUUAUCUAGAAAGCCCCCGGGCUGCCAGCAGCCUCCUGGCUUUUAAAGGGGGCACAGGAGGCUAAGGGGAGAAUGCUGUGUCCAGAGCAGCCAGACCCUUGCAUGCCUGUCUACCUGAACCUGGCUGCCUUAUAACUGGGCUGAGGUUAGAGCAUCUGGGACAGUGGGGCUGUGGGCACACCCCUCGAAGGCUCUGAGGGGAGGCAGCCUUCACUGAAAACACAUGGGGAGAUGUUCAUGGUUCUGUGGGUUUAGUGUGGAAAACCACAGAAACUCCCAGUCGAGGCCUGCCAAGGUACAGCUUCGGAAGGGAGGUGUGGGCAUUGCCUGCUGAUGAGUCACCCCGGGGCAAGAGGAGACCUGUCUCACCUUCAGGCUAUAGCACAAGCAGGAGCCACCCAGCCUAAGGAAGAUGGAGUCUCUCAUUAUACAUCCCUACCCCAAUCCUGAUGAGUCCUGAUUGGCACUUUGGUGACAGAAUGUUUCUAGAAUCCUGGAGUUCACUGGGAUCUUAGCAGCCCUUUUACAGAGGGGAGCUAAAGGUGAGGGGUAGGAGGUAACCUGGCCAGCUUCCCUGGGCUGAUUGAUGAUAAAGCCCAAUACCGGAACUGAGGUCUGCCCCCUCCACCCACGUAAUUCUCUGAUGCUGUACUGAAGUUAUAGAUGCCUCUAGAGGUGCUUGCAGUGGGUUUAGAAACAAGGGGGUGCUCAGAAGAGGGGAAACAUUAUCUGGCUCAGGGUGGGCAAGGUGCUUUGUGCCCCAGAAGUGUUUGUGACAACUGUGACUAAGGGAUUUGAGGAAGUGGCAGGGAGAGAGAGAUUUAUGGCCCUCCAGAUUCUCCCUUGGUGUUGACCCAGGAACAGGUGUAUAGUGACAGGGACACAUGAAGUCAGAGACAAGGCUGAACAGGCGGCAGGGCCAUUUGGUGAGGCAGUCAGCUGACCAUGUGAAAGGAGUCCUGAGUCACUCAGGAGUGAAAGAGGGGAGAAAGAAGUGAGGAGCCAGCCAGCCCACCCACCCUGACAUGACAGUUGAGAGCCCAGGGCCAGGGACCUGGAUCCCUGCUGCCUUGGUGAUCCCGGGCUGACAGCCAGAGAGCACAGCGGCUCAGCUCCUGGAGAGUGAGGGUUGAAGAAAGCGGAGGGCAGCUGCCUGCGCCCGCUGGCUCCCAUUGGGUCGGUUCCUGCAGCGGUGCCCGGUGGCCUUGGUGAAGGCCCUGCCCGGCAGAGAUCAUGUAUUGCCUCCAGUGGCUGCUGCCCGUCCUCCUCAUCCCCAAGCCCCUCAACCCCGCCCUGUGGUUCAGCCACUCCAUGUUCAUGGGCUUCUACCUGCUCAGCUUCCUUCUGGAGCGGAAGCCUUGCACGAUUUGUGCCUUGGUUUUCCUGGCAGCCCUGUUCCUCAUCUGCUAUAGCUGCUGGGGAAACUGUUUCCUGUACCACUGCUCUGAUUCCCCGCUUCCGGAAUCGGCGCACGACCCCGGCGUUGUGGGCACCUAACAGCCUGCCCUGUUAGCUUUCCAAGGAAGCAGAAGAUGGGAGGGGAGGCAUUGACAUAGGUCAUAAAGCAUUGGAGUUUCAAAUCCCGCAGCCCCGCGGGUGCCACAUUCCUGACGGCGCCUUUUUUGGCCUGUGAUGUUUUAUCCUUAUAAUGUGAAUAAUGGCACUGACCGGUGCUUUUAUUGUAGAGUCCUAUAGUCGUGGGUGGUCUUGUGAUUGUGUGUGUUCUGUCCCCAUCUCGGUUCCUCCCCUUGCUCCCCAAGGCUGGCAGGAUGGUCACGCCCCUCGCCUCAUUCCUGCGAGGAGUCUGCACCCAUCCUGGUCAACCGUCCCGGCAUGACCUGGGCAGAUAAAAUGCCAGUCUCGUCACCUCUGUGACCCCUCCUUGUCAGGGUCUCUUCCCUUCCCAGAAUGUUACCAACCCCUCAGUCCCUCUCCUGGUUUCCCUUUAGUUCUCUUCCGCCCCUUUCCUUUUUGGGGGAGCACCUGUCCAAGACAGGGCUCAUUUUUGCACUUAUCUCGAAUUUAAAGAGAUUGCUGACGCCCGAGAGCCUCGCUUUUUCAUCCUUCUUUCCCCGGUCAGCAGGCUAGACAGAAACAUGUCUUGACUGUUUGUUGUCCACAGAUCUCCAGUAUUUUCUCCACUUCAUUUUUAAGAAAGAAGUAACAGAUGUUGUUGCUCUUUCACCUGGGUUUCUGGGCUCAUGCUUACCAGCCCAGCCUCGCUUUCUUUGCCCUUCCUCCUGCCUUUCUCAACUGUCCCGAGGAGGGGGGGCCUCAUUGUGUCUCCUGUGCAUGCUCUGCAGGAUUGAGGUGUGGUGUGUCCACGUAGAUCUAGCAGUCCCCAGCUGAGUGAAUGGAAGAGUACUUGUGUGUUUUUUCAUAACAGCCAUGAUCCCCUUGAUAGGUGUUUGAAUAUAUUUUGGUGUGCCGUGAGUGUGUGUGUAUAUGUGUGUGUGUGCGUGUACAAAUACAUGUGUAUAUUCCUUUUAAAGAAGCUUUAUCGAACGUGUUCUGAUUUUGAGGUUUAGCAAUAGCUAGCUAUAGUAGGUGCCGCUGCAGUUUUUAUUUAGCAUGGGGAUUGCAGGGUGACCAGCACGCUGGACUCCGAGGCGGUUCAGACAAGACAGAGAGGAGCAGUGGCCAUCAUCCUCGUGCCAGGAGCUCCUUCAGUCCUGCGCAUAUAGACUGUACAUUACGAAGAAUACACAGGAAGACUUUGUGACUGUCACUUGCUUUUUGCUUUUUCUGCGCUUCAGUAACAAGUGUUGGCAAACGAGACUUUCUCCUGGCCCCCGCCCACCGGGGACUAGCAUGGUUGUCCGUCCAGUCUAAAUCAUCCAUCCUUCUCUUGCCUGAGUGGGAAGGGCGGUGGGCCAGGCAGAGGACAGAACUGGAGGCAGUCCAUCUAGGGAAUGGGACCGUGAGGCCACACUUGUGGAACAUUUGGACUGCCAUUCUGGAGCUUUUAUUUCUGGUGUGUUCGUUGCACAGCUGUUUGAAAUGUUUAAUAAAGCUUUAUAAACUUUA